AUGCCAAGUGUAACUCUGCACAAUCCAGAAGACAAGGCCGCUAUUAAGCGUGCCUUGCCUUCAACAACUCAAAAAAUCAUUACUGCAACAGUCGCUCGGUUGUAUGUCGCCUAUCCGGACCCGAACUCAUGGACCUACUCUGGCAUUAUGGGCGGUCUAGCCUUUGUGCAGACCAAGAAUACAUUUUACUUUCGCAUUGUGGACCUUAUGACUUCACGAGGGGUCAUCUGGGAACAGGAGUUGUACGAAGACUUUGAGUACGUUCAGGAACGAUCGUUCUUCCAUACUUUUGCACUUGAUAACUGUUUGGCUGCAUUCUCUUUUGCUGAUGAUCAAGAAGCGGGUGUUUUUUACAAAAAGGUCACGAAUCGUGAUACGCUCAAGAAAGGCGGCACACCUCGGUCGAGAAAGAGCGGUUUCUUCAGUGGCAAGAAGGAGAAAAAGGGCAGCAAAGGCAAGCUAGAUAAGACUCUUAUUGGACUGCCUUCUAACUUUCGACACUUGAGCCAUGUUGGAUGGGACUCAAACAAAGGCUUCACUGUUCAAAACAUCGAUCCCGAAGACCCCGCAUGGAGAAAGCUGUUUGAAGAUCUGGAAAAGCAAGGGCUUAGUCGGGAAGAGAUUCAAAAUGAAGCCGAGUUUAUCAGCGAUUUUCCGACGGUCAAGCCUGCACCACCGCCACCUCCAGCCUCACGUCGCGCUCCCCCACCUCCACCUCCCUCACGCCUUUCGCGCAUCGCUACUCCAACCCCAGCUCCAGCCCCAGCUGUUAAUGCCCCACCAGCAUUGCCGAGUCUUGCUCCUCCUUCGCCCGAACCACCCAAACCGCCUCCAACGCCUGCUCGUGAGGUCCAGGCUGCUCCUCCACCUCCACCUCGUCCCUCAUACGCACCAUCAUCAUCCAAUAAUGCGCCACCUCCGCCUCCUCCACCCAUUCCCGCGCCUCCACCUCCCCCACCCCCACCAUUCCAGCCAUCAGGAAGUGCGCCACCACCGCCUCCUCCUCCACCAGUUGGCAACUUUGGUGGCUCUGGUGGAGCUCCUCCACCACCACCACCACCACCACCACCACCCCCACCCCCAAUAAGUGCUGGCGGUCCUCCUCCUCCACCUCCACCUCCACCUCCCCCAGUGGGUGGCGCUGGUGGUCCUCCUCCUCCUCCCCCUCCACCUCCGCCUCCUCCUAUGGGCGGCGCUGGGGGCCCGCCGCCGCCCCCACCACCACCUGGAGGCGCUAGAGCGCCUGGCAUUGCACUUCCGACUGGAGCAAAGAUGGAUGCUCGGUCAAAUUUACUGGAGAGUAUCAGAGGCGCUGGCGGCAUUGGUGUAUUGCGCAAGACAGGUCUGCACGAUCAACCUUCGUCAUCCUCGCCUGCCCGUAGUACUCCGCCGCCACCUGCUGCAGUCGCUGAGGAACCUGAAGGUAAUGGUGGUGAUUUGGCGUCUGCACUGGCGGCUGCGCUGCAGAUGAGGAAAUCGCGUGUCGCAGGAAGUGAUGAUGAAGAUGAGAGUGAUGAUGAGAACUGGGAUGACUAA